AAUUGCACAAUUGCUGUGGAGAUAUCAUUGAGAAAAUGCUAUGAAAGAGGUCUAUUUUGACGCUGCGUCUGCGCACCCGUUUUGAAUUCCCUGAGCAAGUCUCUCCGUACCUGAUAAUGUGACUUUGAUGAUUCCAACCCUGGGCAGCACAGGGCCUUAUGGCUAGAACUUGAUAGCCCUUUUUACCAAGAAGAUUCAAAUUAUAGUCAAUCCUAUGAAGAUAGCUUCUAGAAGUACUACCUACAACGUCGUGCAUUGGAAGUAAUCCCACUGUCCACCAGUCAAGGCACUAGCACUUACUAUCUUUUAGACAAAAAAACAUGGUCGCCAUGGGGAUGUCCCCAAGGGGGAUGUCCGACGUCUCAGGCCUAGAAGCCUAUUACGUCAACAAAACCGCUGAGCUGGAAGCUGAAGUCCGCGAUAAAGAAGCCACUACCAGGAGACUGGAGGCACAGCGAAACGAACUCAACUCGAAGGUUCGUCAACUCAAAGAGGAGCUGUCAUUACUUUAUGGACAAAGAAAUUGAUAAGUUUUAGGGCUUGGGGAGAAGAUCUGGAAGUAUUUUCAUCAAGCGACUCUCAUCAGCUUCCUCCCCUUUCAUCCCUCCCUCGAGUCCGGAUCGCAAGUCGGUGAAGUAGCACGUACGAUGGGUAAGAAGAAGGUGUUGGUGAAAGUCGGCCAAGACGGAAAAUUCGUGGUCGAGAUCGCUCCGGAGGUGGAUAUCGCCGCUCUUAAACCGAAUACCCGAGUGUGUUUGAAAAGCGACACUUAUCAUUAUGGCUUGUUACUUUUGAAAUAGGAUGAUCUUAUGCUUUUCCUCUAGUCACUGGAGCAGCUGGUAGUCUACUCCUUGUUGUAGAUGCGGCUAUGUUGCAGAUGAUCGAUGCAACGAAUGUUAGUCCUCUUAGGAUUUGUCAAUAACAACCGAAUGGCCUCAUAGGUAGACGCGAAAUGCUACUACAAAAGAGGUACCAUGACAUGACAGGACAGGAACUAUAACCAAUACCGAACACGCCCAUGGUCUUCACAAAAUUACAGAACACCUUUCUCACAAGCAUUCUGAUUCUGAACAAAUUUCUCCCAUAGGAUCCAUCCUCUUUCUCGUCCAUAGGAUCCAUCCUCUUUCUCGUCCAUAGGAUCCAUCCUCUUUCUCGUCCAUAGGAUCCAUCCUCUUUCUCGUCCAUAGGAUCCAUCCUCUUGCUCUAACCUGCACUCCACCGCAUCCUUCCUAGUAAAGUCGAUCCUCUGGUUUCCUUGAUGAAGGUUGAGAAGGUACCAGACUCCACCUACGAAAUGGUGGGCGGACUGGAUAAGCAGGUCAAGGAGAUCAAAGAGGUGAUCGAAUUGCCGAUUAAACACCCAGAGUUGUUCGAGUCACUUGGUAUUCCACAGCCAAAGGGAGUCCUGCUGUACGGUCCACCUGGAACUGGGAAGACGCUAUUGGCGAGAGCAGUGGCGCACCACACGAGUUGUUGCUUUAUCCGAGUGUCAGGAUCGGAACUUGUGCAGAAGUAAUGCAGAAUUAUUCUUUAUUACCCUAUUUUUUGUUUUUUUCAAGAUGGAGCUACGCUCUUGCCCUUCCUGCGUUGGUCUCAUACAUGUACAUCGCCUCUCAACUAUGUUUCUUUUAGAAGACCUCAAAUCAUUCUAGAAGACCUCAAAUUAAUCCUUCUGUCUUGCGCAUGUUUUACGUUCGACAAGGACUACACUGCUCACUCAUUAAAACAGGUACAUCGGAGAAGGUUCUCGUAUGGUUCGUGAGUUGUUCGUUAUGGCUCGUGAGCAAGCACCCGCAAUUAUCUUCAUGGAUGAGAUAGACUCGAUUGGGUCUCAGCGUAGUGACGACGGCGGUGGUGGCGGUGAUUCAGAGGUCCAACGAACGAUGUUGGAGUUGUUGAAUCAGUUGGACGGUUUCGAAGGCAAGACGAAUAUCAAGGUGAUUAUGGCGACGAACAGGAUCGAUAUCUUGGAUGAAGCGCUGCUGCGACCAGGACGAAUUGAUAGGAAGGUAUCCACUGAUAAAUUAUAGGAUAUGAUCUUCGAUCAGCUCCACUGAUAAAUAGGAUAUGUUCUUCGAUCUUGUUUUCAACUAAACGAUCUUGCUGUUUUCAACUAAAGUUCAAUCUGAUUGGUGUUCACUGGUUUUUACAACUACUACACCGCGGCUGGUGAACUACUAGUAGAAUCUCUGCUCUCACUUUUCACUGACUUGAUAUCUUGUACACUCCUUAGUCACUCUCCUGUCACUGACCCCAUGCGUCAGGUUGAGAUCCCACAUCCGAAUGAGGACGCUCGAUUGGAUAUCCUGAAGAUCCACAGUAGGAAAAUGAAUUUGAUGCGAGGAAUUGACCUACGGAAAAUCGCGAAGCAAAUGAACGGGACUAAUGGUGCAGAGGGUAAAGCUGUUUGCACCGAAGCAGGUAUGUUUGCACUCAGGGAACGCAGAGUGCAUGUCACACAGGACGAUUUGCAGAUGGCGGUGGUGAAAGUAAUGCGUAAGGACGCUGAUGCGAAUAUGAGUGUGAAUAUGCUUACUCGUUAAGUGUUGUUAUGACCCAAAUAUUUUUGUUGAAUACAAACGACUAGCCGCGACUGUUCGUUCGCAUUUUCGUGUGAAAAUACUAGUACUAAACGACGAUUUCACGAAUUGGAAGUUCUACUGUAGAGCAAUGGUAGGACCCUGCUUUUUUUGAAUUUUUUCGUCAUGUCUGAUUCUCAUCCAAGUAGUACAGACAGCUAAGUAGCAACCUCUGAGUCGUGAUCGUGUAUCUUACAGGAUGGACUAUGGAGGCACCGACCUGCUGUUACAGGAUGGACUAUGGAUUUGAACAUUCUACCGACACUACAGGCAUACAAAUAGGAUUUCCUCCCCUCCCCUGAUGAACACCCCUCCACAAAACUGGACAAAAGGACACUUUUUGAAAUAAAGCAAACGUUCAGGAUCACUACGUCUGCAAGACCUUGAGGGAUGCUUGAAAGACCAACAACUAAUUAUAUUAUGACUUCCGGAAAUACAUCUUCCGAAGCAUCUCGGGCCUCCGUGUAAGGGG